AUGGAACAAUUGACAAAAGAAUCCAUUUUAAAGCUUUAUCAAGAAUUCCGGCAAGCACCAUCACAAUCAAUAUUUUCAGAUCAAUGUAUUUUAACAUAUGUAACAACAUGUAUACGUUUUUCUGGGAGUAAAAAUAUAUUAUUGCAACUUUCAGAAUAUCAAACUCAGAUUAAAUUAAAAGAAGAAGUAAUUAAUCUGCACGUAGCAGGAAACUCCAUAGUUUCAGAGGUGUUUCUGGAUAUUGAGUUUGUUAGUGGACCAGCAUGGCUCGUUCCAGGACUUGAAGACAAUUUUUAUAUUGACCGUAAAAUUCAACUUCCACACAUAUAUAUAAUAGAGUUUGAUGAGAAUGAAAAAAUAUCACAUAUUCGUGUUUUCUGGGAUCAAGCAACUAUCCUUAAGCAACUUGAAAUUUUUAGUAACCGCAGACAAGCUUUGCCUAUUAAACUUGGUAAAGAACAACAUCAUUUCAUGAAGAAUAAGGGUAUAAUUAUUAAUUGGAAUAUUAUGCAUUUUAUUUUUUUUAUUUCAAAUUUAUAUUUAUUAUUAAAGCAGGAAACGCCAAGGAUGCUGUCACUUUUUGAGCCAUAUGAAGAGCCAUCUAGAGAAUUUCAUCACAAUCCUGUUCGACCUCGUUCACCAACUAGGCCGAUUCAACGUCCAUACGAAGAUCUUUUUGUUGCAAAAGGCACUCCUAUUUCAGUUAAACCUCCUAAGGCAUGUCAAAAAAUUCAUAAUGUAUCAAACAUCAAUUCUAUUUUAUUUAAUGAAUAUGAAGAACCUAAUCAACAGAAAACUAAUGUUUUAAAAAAAAAUCCUAAAUUUACACAUUUUGAAUUUAGUACUCCUACAGAAAAAGAGCUUGAAGAGGAAAGGCUAGCAAUAUUAGCUAAGACAAAAAAAGGUGCAGCAUUGCGUGCUAUGUCACGUAAUUGGACUGAAUUUGAAAAUACACCUGUUACUCAACGCAAACAAGACGUUUCUAACCAAGUAUCGGAAAAUGCUGAACUUGAUAAGAAGAAGCAUGUUCUAUUAAAUGCUAAAUCUUAUCACGAAAACCAACUUCAUUUUUCAUUUUCUAACGAUAGCCCAACUGAAAAUCCACCUAUUCGCGUAACCCGAAAUGAAGCAUAUUGUCAGCCAAAAUAUUCUAUAUUUGACUAUUCACCUUCAGAACAAAAUCAAGAUCAAAAUACAAAUAUUGAAAAAGCAGAUACUAUUACUAGACUAGAACGAGAUAUGAAUGCGAAAUGGUCUUUUGGUGAUUAUUGA